AAAGUUGGCAGGACUGAUUCAGAUUGAUGAACAAUGUUCGCUUGUGUUGAACAUUUUGUGGCGCCAAUUGAACUCUUUUGAUGAUACAUAUAAUUUAUUUUAAUAAUUUUUAAAAUGCCUGCGUUUUUAAAACAUAUUGAAGUAGAAAACUUUAAAUCGUAUAAAGGAAAGCUUAUCAUUGGUCCAUUGAAAUCGUUUACUGCAGUUGUCGGACCAAAUGGAUCCGGUAAAUCCAAUUUUAUGGAUGCAAUUAGUUUUGUUAUGGGAGAAAAGACUAGCAGUUUACGGGUUAAAAGAUUUAGUGAACUUAUCCAUGGUGCUUCAAUAGGAAUGCCAGUAGCAAGAAGUGCAUCUGUAACAGCAGUAUUUGAAUUAGAAGAUGGUAAUGAGAAGAGUUUCAUGCGUUCCGUUCAAGGAUCUUCUUCUGAGCAUAGAAUUAAUAAUAAUGUCGUCACAAGUCAAGUUUAUCUGAAUGAAUUGGAACAAUUAGGAAUUAAUGUAAAAGCUAAAAACUUUUUAGUGUUUCAAGGUGCCGUUGAAUCAAUAGCUAUGAAAAAUCCAAAGGAACGUACUGCAUUAUUUGAAGAAAUUAGUAAUUCUGGUGCCUUAAAGGCAGAAUAUGAAAGAUUGCGAACAGAAAUGUUAAAAGCCGAAGAGGAAACUCAAUUUUCAUAUCAAAAAAAGAAAGGCAUUGCUGCAGAAAGAAAAGAGGCUAAAUUGGAAAAGGAAGAAGCAGAAAAAUAUCAACGUCUUAAGGAGGAAUAUAUAGAGAAGCAAGUUGAGCUGCAAUUAUUUCGUCUUUUUCAUAAUGAAAAAAGUAUUGAAAAUUUGGAAGUAGCACAGAAAAAGAAACAACAUGAGAUAGAAAAGAUUGAAAAGAAGAAGGAAAAGGCGGAGGAACUUUUGAAAGAGAAGAAAAAGGAAGCUGGCAAAUUGGGUCGUGAUUUGGCAAAAAUAGAACAGGACAUUAGGGAAGUUGAAGUAGAGAUUACAAAAAAAAGACCAACAUUUAUUAAAGCGAAGGAACGUGUAGCACAUAUGCAGAAAAAAGUCGAAUCAGCUAGAAAAUCAUUGGCACAGGCACGUAUCGCCGAUGAGGCUCAUAAAAAGGACAUACAUGAACUCCAAGAAGAACUUCGACAGGUCGAAGAAGCCAAAGCUGCUUAUGAAGCAAGUAUAGCUGGACAGUCUCAGUUACAGGGAAGGGAUGUGCAGCUUGAGGAUGAACAAGUUCGCGAAUAUAAUCGUUUGAAGGAAGAAGCGGGCAAGCAAUCAGCAAGAUAUUUACAACUUCUUGAUUCCAUUAAUCGAGAACAAAAGUCUGAUCAAGAUAGGCUCGAUAAUGAGGGUAGAAAGAAAACUGAAAUAGAGAAUAAACAUAAGCAAAAAGGUCAUAUGCGAGAUGAAGCUAUGAAAAGAGUAGAAAAAUUAGAAGAACACAUAAGAACGUCCGAAGCUGCAUUGGAAGAUCAAAAGAAGCUUAGGGCUGAUUUACAAUCGGACGUUGGUACAUCUAAGGAUAAAAUACAAAAUUUGCAAAGAGAAUUGGAAAGUAUUUCGGAACAACUUGGUGAUGCAAAGGUUGACAAACACGAAGUGUCCAGAACUAAGAAGAAGACUGAAAUUGUGGAAAACUUUAAACGUUUAUUUCCUGGAGUGUAUGACCGUAUGUAUAAUAUGUGCGAGCCGAUUCAUAAACGUUACAAUGUUGCCAUUACAAAGGUUCUUGGUAAAUAUAUGGAAGCUAUCGUUGUUGAUACUGAAAAAACUGCCAGACAAUGUAUUCAAUAUCUCAAAGAACAAUAUUUGGAACCAGAAACAUUUUUACCACUUGAUUAUAUUCAAGCUAAACCUUUGAAGGAACGACUAAGAAAUAUUCAGGAACCUAAAAAUGUGAAACUUUUGUAUGACGUAUUACAUUUUUCACCAAAGGAUAUUGACAGAGCUGUAUUAUUUGCUACGAAUAAUGCUCUUGUUUGUGAAACUCCUGAAGAUGCUAAUAAGGUUGCUUAUGAAAUGGACAAAAAGGCCAGAUAUGAUUGCGUUGCAUUAGAUGGAACAUUUUAUCAAAAAGCUGGAAUAAUUUCUGGUGGUAGUCUCGAUUUAGCUAAGAAAGCAAAGAGAUGGGAUGAGAAACAGAUGUCGCAAUUAAAAGCACAAAAAGAAAAAUUAACAGAGGAACUAAGAGAAUCAUUAAAGAAGUCUCGCAAAGAAUCCGAAUUAAAUACCGUCGAAUCACAAAUUCGUGGCCUCGAAACUCGCUUAAAAUAUAACAAAAGUGAUUUGACAGCGACUAAAAAACAAAUUGCCGAACACGAAUCAGAAUUGGAAAGUUUACAAAGUGAUCUAAAUAUGUUUGGCCCUACAAUAGCUGCAAUUGAAAAGACAAUGGCUGAAAGAGAUCAAGAAAUACAAAAUAUUAAAGAAAAAAUGAAUAACGUUGAGGAUGAUGUAUUUGCAAGCUUUUGUGAACAAAUUGGUGUUUCUAACAUACGUCAGUAUGAGGAAAGAGAAUUAAGGUCGCAGCAGGAAAGGGCGAAGAAACGAAUGGAAUUUGAGAAUCAAUGUAAUCGUAUAUACAAUCAAUUAGAUUUUGAAAAACAACGUGAUACAGAAAGCAAUGUUUUGAGAUGGGAACGUGCAGUUCAGGAUGCCGAAGAUAAAUUAGAAUCUGCCAGACAAACGGAAUCUAAUCAAAAGGCUGAAAUAGAUCACGAUGAGACACAAAUGGAACAGCUUAAAUCGGCGCGCAAUGCUAAGAAAAUGGAGGUCGAUCAGAAAGAGGAUGAGAUAGGUAAAGCUCGACGUGAAGUCGGUACCAUUGCGAAAGAUAUUCAAUCAGCGCAAAAGCAAUUGAAUUCUAUUGAAGCAAAAAUAGAACAGAAGAAGGCAGAACGUCAUGCGGUUUUAAUGCAAUGCAAGAUGGAAGACAUUGCAAUUCCAAUGCUUCAUGGAAAUAUGGAAGAUAUUGCUGGAGAAACUAGUACGACUAAUGCCAGUGAAACAGUCACUGAUUCAUCAUUAAAUACACAGCAACAAUAUGAACGUGAAAGACGUAUUACUAUUGAUUAUGCACUUUUACCAGAAAAUUUGAAAGAUAUCGAAGAGGAGGAUACGAAAAAAACUACGGAUAAAUUGACAAGGACAAUUAAUGAUUUGCAAAAUACAAUUCAACGAAUACAAGCCCCUAAUAUGAAGGCUAUACAAAAAUUGUAUCUUGCUAAGGAAAAAUUACAAGAAACGAACGAGGAAUUUGAACAGUCACGUAAAAAAGCAAAAAAGGCAAAAACUCAAUUUGAAAAAGUGAAAAAAGAACGACAUGAUAGAUUCAUGGCGUGCUUUGAACAUGUAGCUAAUGAAAUAGAUCCUAUUUAUAAGAGUUUAGCAAAAAAUCAAUCGGCUCAAGCAUUCCUUGGACCAGAAAAUCCAGAGGAGCCUUAUCUCGAUGGAAUUAAUUACAAUUGCGUGGCACCUGGUAAACGAUUUCAACCUAUGUCCAAUCUCUCCGGAGGAGAGAAAACUGUAGCUGCAUUGGCUUUGUUAUUUGCAAUUCAUAGCUUUCAGCCAGCACCUUUCUUCGUUUUGGAUGAAAUCGAUGCAGCCUUAGAUAACACCAAUAUAGGAAAAGUAGCUAGUUACAUUCGGGAUAAAACUAGCUCUUUACAAACUAUUGUUAUAUCGUUAAAAGAAGAAUUUUAUUCGCAUGCAGAUGCGCUUAUAGGGAUCUGUCCAGAUGUUGGAGAAUGUUUGGAAAGUAAAGUUUUAACUCUCGAUUUAACAACGUUUCCUACGCAUAUUAAUUAGUUUCCAAGAGAUUUUUUUUUUUUUUCUUUUUUUUUUACAUAGACUAGAUCUUUAUUCUCUUCUACCUUUUUUUUUUCUUAUUUUUUUUUUGUUUCCUUUUUUUUCAACAUACUACGAUUUUAUUUAAGGUAACAAUAUUCUAUAAGGCAACGCAUAUUCGAUUAAAAAUAUUAUACAUAUAUAUAUAUAUAUAUAUAUAUAUAUAUAUAUAUAUAUAUAUAUAUGCAGACGGCGUUGAAUAUGACUUGGAAUUUAUAGAUUAGGUAUCAUGAUAUCUCUAAUGAAAUCAUGAAGAUUAAUUAUCAUUAUUUCGUUGUAUUAAGAUAAAUUUAUAAUGCAGAUUUAAUCAAACUUUGAUUGUGACGCAUUAAUACUUGAAGGAUUGCCGAACAAAAUCACUUUGGGUGUCCUAUCACGAUAAUAUUUUUUUACAAAUUUAACGCGCGACGAACGACGUGUGUUUCACGUAAGGCAAUAAUUUAUAAUUUCUAACUUGGAAAAAAGAAAUUAAGGUGAUGGGUUGUGUAUGAACAAAAGAAAAGAAAAGAAAAAGAAAAAGAAAAAGAAAAAAAAAAGAAAAGAAAAAGAA